GUUCUGCAAGUCCGUUAUGGCCAAGGCAUUGUGCACGGCAACAAUGACGACUUACACAAGCACGACCUGCGAUGCGUAUCAUCGCGAACCACCCUCAAGCGCUCCCGUUUAUCAAGUGAUUGCAUGCUUGCCACUUCCUCCGGGAGACCGGGGGGCCGACUGCCCAGCAUUAUCACUUCAUACCCGAGAAAUCAGCAUCCAAGCGUAAGGUACCCGGCGGCAGACUUUGGAUAUAAAGGAGUGCAGAACGGAGACUUGGAGGGACAGUCCUACAAGACCCGAUCAUGUCGCAUUCCCAGAACACUACGCAGACGGCGGUGUACGACAUCGAGACCGCCUCCCGAGUGUCUGUUACCGACGUCGAUACUAAGAGCCUGACGUCGGGCACGCCGCCAGAGGAGGCGCGAUAUCCAGGGAGCGGCACCGCAGAAGAUCCAUAUAUCGUCGAUUGGGAUGAAGGAGAUCCGGACAACCCGCUCAAUUGGCAUAAGCCGAGGAAAUGGCUAAUAACUCUACAUUUAGCAUUCGCCACGUGGGUAGCGGCGUUCUGCAGCAGCGCAUAUAGCAGCGGGCUGGAAUACACAAUGAGAGAUCUGCACAUAUCUAGGGAGGUGGCGCUGCUUGGUGUUUCACUAUUCGUCCUUGGAUUCAUGGUAGGCCCUCUGUUCUGGGCGCCACUCAGUGAGGCAAGCCUAUUGAUAUCAUGUUCCCGCGUAGUCUUCAUCGGGACCUUCUGCUUGUUCGCCCUCCUUCACAUAGGCGGUGCCCUCUGCCACAACACCGCCACCCUACUCGCAACCCGCACGCUUGCAGGAAUGUUCGGAGUCUCACCGUUCACUAACGCAGGUGCUGCACUGGCUGACAUAUGGACGGCUCGAGAGCGCGGUGUCGCGUCGUCGCUAUAUGCGUCUGCGCCAUUCCUCGGCCCAGUGCUGGGACCUAUCGUCGGCGGCUGGGUCUCUAUGUCUCGCCUCGGCUGGCACUUCGUCUUUUGGAUUAUGUUUAUUCUUGCCAUCAUCUCCCUGUCAGGAUUCGUCUUGGUCACUCCGGAAACCUAUUCCCCGGUACUUUUGCGCUGGCGUGCGCGGAGAUUGCGUCGAGAGAGCCAAGGACAGACGGUCUACAUCUCCAGAUUCGACGUCGCCCGAUCGAGGAACCGUCUAGCGAACUUCAGAAGGAACAUGGCAAGGCCAUUUCUGUUCCUCGCGACCGAGCCGAUCGUCACCCUGCUCGCGAUCUACAUCUCCAUCGCGUACGCCAUCCUAUAUGCGUUCUUUGCGGCAUAUCCCAUUGUGUUUGAGGUGCAGCGCGGGUGGUCGCCCGGCCUCGCGGGCCUCGCGUUCAUCGGCGUCGGGGUGGGCACGACCUUUGGCAUGUGUUUGGCGCCGGUGCAGAACAGGCUGUACUGGGCGGCACUGGAUCGCAGCACGACAGGAAAGCCGGUGCCUGAGGCACGAUUGUACUCGCCGAUGUUCGGCGGAAUAUGUUUGCCAAUAGGGCUCUUCUGGUUCGCAUGGACAAGUGAUCCGCAGUACCAUUGGAUCGUGCCCAUCCUCGCCGGAGCGCCCUUUGGCACAGGCGUCGCGCUGGUCAUGCAAGGUCUCUCGCAAUACCUCAUGGACGCCUACCAGAUGUACGGCGCAAGCGCACUCGCAGCGACAGUUGUCCUGCGCUCAGUAUGUGCAGCGAUCUUCCCGCUCGUCGUUCCCAUCAUGUACGCGAACCUCGGUGACGCAUGGGCAUGCACAAUCUUCGCGAUCCUGGUGUCCGUCUGCAUGCCGUUGCCGUUCUUCUUCUACAAAUAUGGCCCGUUGAUCCGGAUGCACUCCAAGUGGGCGCUGAAGGACCCUUUGCCGGUCUCCGCACACGUUUCGGCUGCGAGCGUUGUCAAUGUGGUGGAUGCGGCAAGCAUUUCGCCCAGUGGUGUGUUUGCCGAGAAGUGUGAUGAGAAGAUAUCGUGACCGCAGUAUCGCCUCCGUCUGCUAUGGCCCAAUGAGCUGCGCGAAAAGGUGCUGGGCUAUCCUGGAUGUGGAUGAUGGAAGCGGCGUGGAGUCAAGGCUGCGGACCCGCGGUUACCAUUAAGAUUGACGGACGAUUUAUGGGAAUUAUAUGUAGGUAUCGAGGUUCGGCCAUGGCUCGGGCAGUUGGCCGGCAGUACCGACACCCAAUACCCUAAUGCUGUAUGGCACCUGUAGUGGGAUUUAGACGAACUGUAGCCAUUUUCAGCCAGGCAACAGGGCUUAGCACAGGCUGUGUCGCAAUCUGUCGUGCUGCUGUCGUGGUUCGUUAUCUGCAUUCAGCUUUGCAGAUCAUGAUAACAGUGUGAAAGCGUUGAACCUACGAUAUGUAGGUAUACCAGACUAAUGUGCGACAAUACCGAUUACUGCG